UACAUAAUCUAAAAUCCUCACUUCACCACACCCGCACCCGCAGCGCCGCAUUGUCAUCCCUACGCUUUACUUAGAUGUAUGCAAACCUAGUGAGAUUAAUUCAAGUAAUAAUAUUUCAGUCAACAAAUAACUCCAAAAAAAUAAAAAUAAUAAAAGUCGACUCUUUCUUUUCAACUAUAUACUAUUAUAAAUACAACACAACCCCUAGCUCUCUUUACUCAAAAAUCUGAACCCCCCCCACAAGAUUCAUAGAGAAUUAGCUUUGCAGAAUGGCUGCAACACCAUCAACACCAUUGUUGAAAGAUGAACUUGAUAUAGUAAUUCCAACAAUAAGAAAUCUUGAUUUCUUGGAAAUGUGGAGGCCAUUUUUUCAACCAUACCAUUUGAUCAUUGUUCAAGAUGGUGAUCCUUCAAAGACCAUUAAGGUCCCUGAAGGAUUUGAUUAUGAACUCUAUAAUAGGAAUGACAUUAACAGGAUUUUGGGUCCUAAGGCUUCUUGUAUAUCCUUUAAGGAUUCUGCUUGUAGGUGCUUUGGGUAUAUGGUCUCUAAGAAGAAGUAUAUCUACACCAUUGAUGAUGAUUGCUUUGUUGCCAAAGACCCAUCUGGCAAGGAUAUCAAUGCACUUGAGCAGCACAUCAAGAACCUCCUGUGCCCAUCCACUCCACACUUCUUCAACACACUGUAUGAUCCAUACAGAGAAGGUGCAGAUUUCGUCCGUGGCUACCCUUUCAGCAUGCGUGAGGGUGCUCCAACAGCUGUUUCUCAUGGACUGUGGCUCAACAUCCCUGACUACGAUGCUCCCACACAGCUUGUUAAGCCUCAUGAGAGGAACACAAGAUACGUUGAUGCUGUCUUGACAAUUCCAAAAGGCACUUUGUUCCCCAUGUGUGGAAUGAAUUUGGCGUUUGACCGUGACCUCAUUGGACCUGCAAUGUACUUUGGUCUCAUGGGUGACGGUCAGCCAAUUGGUCGUUACGACGAUAUGUGGGCCGGCUGGUGUACCAAGGUCAUCUGUGACCAUUUGGGGCUAGGAAUCAAGACUGGUCUACCCUAUAUAUGGCACAGCAAAGCUAGCAACCCGUUCGUUAACCUCAAAAAGGAGUACAACGGAAUCUUCUGGCAAGAGGAGAUCAUCCCCUUUUUCCAAGCUGCAACCCUUCCUAAAGAGUGCAAAACUGUCCAGCAAUGCUACCUCGAGCUUGCGAAGCAGGUCAAGGAGAAACUUUCCAAGAUCGAUCCCUAUUUCACCAAACUAGGAGAUGCCAUGGUGACAUGGAUCGAAGCUUGGGAUGAGCUCAACCCUACCGGGGAGAACUUGGCUAAGCUGUCCAUCGCUGAUGGUCCCUCGAAGACUAAAAAGUAGAUGCUACUUAUAGCUUUUGCUCGUUUCUUCGACGGCACAGACUUUUGAGUUUAGUAGAGCUGGAUUUUACUUGUUUUAUCAGUUUACUUGUUUUAAUUUCUGCUGAGGAUUUAGGUUUCACAAUGCUGCUAUACCUAUAGCAGCUUUUGCUAGGUUUCAUAUUGCUGCUAUAUGGAGCAGCUUUUGCUUGCCUUCUCUGAGACAUCAUAGGAGUAUUAUUAUUAUUAUUUAUAAGGCUUAGUUCCAAACUUGAGAUUAUCAUCUCUAUAUCAAUAAAUAUGGUUUAGUGAUUUUACGCUCC